AUGGUGAAAAGGCUACGGAGGCGACUAGUCGAAGAUGACUACACGGGUGAUCGAAUUAGCAUGCUUCCUGAUGAUUUAUUAGUGUUUAUAUUAUCUUUGUUGAGCUUGAAAGGAGCUAUAAGGACUAGCUUACUUUCCUCUCGAUGGAGGAACUUGUGGAUCCUCUUACCCAAACUAGAUCUUGAUCUCGAUUCGACAACAAUACUACUACAACACCACCGGAGACCUUAUAACCCCGACAAGUUAAACAAGUUAAGAUGCGAUUAUGUUAGAUGGGUUGAUCACAUAUUCACCAUACUCCCCAAAUCCUCCACUAACCUUGUCAGAUUCAGAGUGGUGUUCGAUUUAUCUAUAUCUUUUAGUGGAUGUAUCGAUAACUGGGUUAACUCCGCUGUGAGUAGAAAGGUUGAGAGUCUUGAUUUGAUCUUGUAUGCCUACUCCUACCCACUGGAAGAGUGUUACUAUUUCCCAUACUAUGAAGGGAAUUUCCCCGACAAUCUGAAGCUGCUGAAGAAACUUAGUUUGCAUUGUGUGAAUGUGAGUAAUGAGGCUGUGGCGUUUUUGUUGGGGAACUGUACUCUCCUCGAGCAAUUGUCUUUGUCCCGCUGUGGAAAAAUGCUUUCGUCUCUCAAGGUUGUUGUUGGGACGUUGCCGGUGUUCAAAUGCCUAGAAAUCAGCCAGUGCCCUAGCCUCUCUUCAGUUGUUGUUCGUGAUUCGAACAUUGUAUGCAUCAAGUACGCCGGUCUAGGUAGACCACAUUGUCUUUUCGAGCUAGUCGGUGUUCCUCGUCUUACUCAGCUUUGGAUUAAGGCCGCACACGGGCAGGAGAUGCAUUAUUACAUGAUGAACAUCAGAGGCAUUAUAGACAUGUUUGAUUCUGUGCUUCCACAACUACACACGCUCAAGAUAUACUCCAGCUACAGAAUUAACCUCGAUGACACUUUGGAGAAGAUGAUGCCUAAACUCAAGGAAUUGGUGGUGGCGGUUGGGAGUGGUUAUAGUGACAAUUGUUCUCUCAUGCCAAUAAUAAGGUGGUUUAAGGUGGCACCUUGCUUGCAAAGAUUUGUUCUAGAGGCGUCACACCAAGAUGAGACCAAUACAAAAAAUAAUGUGCCGUGGGUUUUGGAAAUGAAAUACUUGAUUAAUGGUAGUGAUUAUGAAGUUUUGGAGAUUAACAACAGUGAGAAAGUUCAACGGGCUUAUUCUCACAUCAAGGAAGUAGAGUUUUUUGGGUAUCGUGGAGUGCCUAAUCAUCUUCAAAUGAUUAGGCGGUUGGUGCGACAUGGUGUUGCGCUAGAGAAGAUAGUCGUGGAUCCACGAUCUUUCGAGCUUUGCUCGAAUAUGCCGUGGGAUCGCAUUUCUCGAACCCAAAUGGAGGAUGAAAUAAUUGCAAGGAAGCUUGCAAAGAAGCAUCUUAGAUAUGCUACUUCAAGAAUAAAUGUUCAAGAAGAAGAAGAAAAGGCAGAAACCAUUGCUAAAUCUAUCAAGGAAUAUUUGAAGAAGGAUCCAGCUGAGGAUUCGAAAGAGGAAAAAUCAAAUGCUGAAAACUAA